AUGCGAAGCAUAAAAUGUGUUGUCACCGGAGACGGUGCGGUCGGAAAAACUUGCAUGCUUAUCAGCUAUACAACCAAUGCAUUUCCUGGUGAAUACAUUCCUACAGUAUUUGAUAACUAUUCCGCAAAUGUUAUGGUUGAUAAUAAACCGAUAAGCCUGGGAUUAUGGGAUACCGCUGGCCAGGAAGAUUAUGACCGACUGCGGCCACUCUCAUACCCCCAAACUGGCGUAUUUCUUAUAUGCUUUUCUCUUGUUAGCCCGUCAUCCUUUGAAAACGUUAAGACCAAAUGGUACCCAGAAGUGACGCACCACGCUCCAGACACGCCCAUAAUACUGGUAGGCACCAAGCUGGAUCUGCGCGAGGAUCGUGAGACUAUUGAAAAACUCAAGGAAAAACGCCAGACCCCCAUUACAUAUGCACAGGGCGUCCAGUGCGCAAAGGAAAUCGGAGCAGUCAAGUAUCUCGAGUGCUCAGCCCUUACUCAAAAGGGUCUUAAAGCUGUUUUCGAUGAAGCAAUCCAUGUGGCUCUUACACCGCAACUUCCCAAGAAGAAGAAGAAGAAGUGUUUAAUUGUUUAA